AUGACGCCGCCCUCGCCCCGCAGGUACCGGCUGAGCCCGCGCGGGGAGCGGCCCCGCGGCCGCGUGGGACUCGGCUGCCUCCUCCUGCCCGGCCGCGUCCUGCUGCUGGGCGGUGCCGACCCCGCCGGGGCCUUCGCGGACGCGCAUUUCGUGGAGCUGGCCCCGCUGCGCUGGGUCCCCGCCGGCUGGCGCGGACUGAGGCCGCGCUACGAGCACGCCACGCUGCUGUCGGCCAGCGGCCCCCCGCGCCUCUGGGUGUUCGGCGGAGCCCACCCCGCCGGGAACCGCGGCUGCGUGCAGGUGCUGGACCCCGAAAUAGGAACGUGGGAGAGCCCUGCGGUGAGCGGCGAGCAGCCGCAAGCUCGGACAUUCCACACGUCCUCGGCGGCCGUCGGGGCCCGGCUGUUCGUGUUCGGGGGAGGAGACAAGGGAGCGGAGCCGGUGAAGGACCGGCGGCUGCACGUGUUCGACACAGCCACCCUGACCUGGUCCCAGCCCGAGACUCGUGGUGAGCCCCCUUCUCCUCGGCACGGGCACGCCGUGGUUGCAGUUGGGACCAAGCUCUUCAUCCAUGGAGGUUUAGCUGGAGAUGUUUUUUACAAUGACCUGUUCUGCAUGGAUACCAGUGACAUGAGGUGGGAGAAGAUCCUAGCCACUGGGGACGUCCCUGGAGGACGGGCAUCCCACUCCUCGGCAGCCUUCCAGGACCACUUGUACAUUUUUGGUGGAAUAGGUCCAGAUGGGACACUGGAUACCACGUACAAGUAUCACACAGGGAGGCAGCACUGGACGCUCCUGCAGUUUGAAUCUCCCCUGCCCAGCGGGAGGCUGGACCACGCCAUGUGUGUCAUUCCCUGGCAGGCACACGGGGACACAGGAGACACCCCAGCUGGGACAGAGGCACCUGUGGCAGCAGGUGACAGGGCUGAGCCCCUGCAGCCCCUGGGAGAGGGCUGUGCUGAGGACACCUUGGUCCAUCUGCUGUUCGUGUUCGGGGGCAUGGACACGCAGGGGCAGAUCCACAGGGACUGCCUGGUCACCCUCAUCCAGUAGAGUCCCUACAGCACCAGCCUCAUCCCCUGGGGUUAAUUGUGCCCCCUAGACUCCUCCUUACCCUCGGGGAGCUGGCACGGUGCUGACACCCCCGAGGGACAGGGGCUCUGCCUGAACAGGGUCCUGCUGCAGCCCCAGCCCAGGGAACAUGGCAGGAGCCAGGCUGGAGCUGGCACCAGACAAGGUCAUUCUGGACUUAACUAAUCCCAUGGAUUGGAUAAGGAUCAGUUAAAUAAAGAGACCAAAUUUCAGUUA